GGCACGGCCGGGACGCGCGGGCACCGAGAAGGACCACGGGACGGCCGGCCGGCCGGCCGGAGCCCGCGGGGGCGGCGGGGCGGGGGCCACGGGGAGCUGCCGACCCCGGCGGGCAGCAGCAUGUCAUGGUUUAGUGGCCUCUUGGUCCCCAAAGUGGAUGAACGGAAAACAGCCUGGGGUGAACGCAAUGGGCAGAAGCGCCUGCGCCGCGGGACUCGGACCAGAGGCUUCUGCACGCCCUGCUAUAUGAGCUGCCUCCGGGAUGCAGAGCCACCCAGCCCCACCCCUGCAGUCCCCCCUCGGUGCCCUUGGCAGGAUGAGGCCUUCAUCCGGAGGGGUGGCCCAGGCAGGGGCACGGAGCUGGGGCUGCGGGCAGUUGCCCUGGGCUUUGAGGACACCGAGGUGGCCGUGGCGUCAGAGGGGGCCCCUGAUGUGGCACCUGGGAACAGGCGCUCCUGCUGGCACCGCCUUGUGCAGGUGUUCCAGUCGAAGCAGUUCCGCUCUGCCAAGCUGGAGCGCCUGUACCAGCGGUACUUCUUCCAGAUGAACCAGAGCAGCCUGACGCUGCUGAUGGCGGUGCUCGUGCUGCUCACAGCUGUGCUGCUGGCCUUCCACGCAGCACCUGCCCCCCUCCAGCCUGCCUAUGUGGCCCUGCUGGCCUGUGCCGCCGCCCUCUUCGUGGCACUCAUGGUGGUGUGCAACCAACACAGCUUCCGCCAGGACUCCAUGUGGGUGGUGAGCUACGUGGUGCUGGGCAUCCUGGCAGCCGUGCAGGUCGGGGGGGCCCUGGCAGCCACCCCCCACAGUCCCUCCGUAGGCCUCUGGUGCCCUGUGUUCUUCGUCUACAUCACCUACACGCUCCUGCCCAUCCGUAUGCGGGCAGCCGUCUUCAGCGGCCUGGGCCUCUCCACCCUGCACUUGAUCUUGGCCUGGCAACUCAACCGUGGGGAUGCCACCCUCUGGAAACAGCUUGGUGCCAACAUGCUGCUGUUCCUCUGCACCAACGUCAUUGGCAUCUGCACACACUACCCCGCUGAGGUAUCUCAGCGCCAGGCCUUUCAGGAGACCCGCGGUUACAUCCAGGCCCGGCUGCACCUGCAGCGUGAGAAUCGGCAGCAGGAGCGGCUGCUGCUGUCGGUGUUGCCCCAGCACGUUGCCAUGGAGAUGAAAGAAGACAUCAACACAAAAAAAGAAGACAUGAUGUUCCACAAGAUCUACAUCCAGAAGCAUGAUAACGUCAGCAUCCUGUUUGCAGACAUCGAGGGCUUCACCAGCCUGGCAUCCCAGUGCACCGCGCAGGAGCUGGUCAUGACCCUGAAUGAGCUCUUUGCCCGGUUUGACAAGCUGGCCGCGGAAAAUCACUGCCUGAGGAUCAAGAUCUUAGGGGACUGUUACUACUGUGUGUCCGGGCUGCCGGAGGCCCGGGCCGACCAUGCCCACUGCUGUGUGGAGAUGGGGGUGGACAUGAUCGAGGCCAUCUCGCUGGUGCGCGAGGUGACAGGUGUGAAUGUGAACAUGCGUGUGGGCAUCCACAGCGGGCGUGUUCACUGCGGAGUCCUUGGCCUGCGGAAAUGGCAGUUCGAUGUGUGGUCCAAUGAUGUGACCCUGGCCAACCACAUGGAGGCAGGGGGCCGAGCCGGCCGCAUUCACAUCACUCGGGCCACGCUGCAGUACCUCAAUGGGGACUACGAGGUGGAGCCAGGCCGCGGUGGGGAGCGCAAUGCCUACCUCAAGGAGCAGCACAUCGAGACCUUCCUCAUCCUGGGCGCCAGCCAGAAGCGGGUCAGGGCCCAGAAAGAAGAGAAGGCCAUGCUGGCCAAGCUGCAGCGGGCGCGCGCCAACUCCAUGGAGGGGCUGAUGCCACGCUGGGUGCCUGACCGCGCCUUCUCCCGGACCAAGGACUCCAAGGCUUUCCGCCAGAUGGGCAUUGAUGAUUCCAGCAAAGACAACCGGGGUGCUCAAGACGCCCUGAACCCUGAGGACGAGGUAGACGAGUUCCUGGGCCGUGCCAUUGAUGCUCGCAGCAUCGAUCAGCUCCGCAAGGACCAUGUGCGCCGGUUCCUGCUUACCUUCCAGAGAGAGGAUCUUGAGAAGAAGUACUCACGGAAGGUGGACCCCCGCUUUGGAGCCUAUGUCGCCUGUGCCCUGUUGGUCUUCUGCUUCAUCUGCUUCAUCCAGCUCCUCAUCUUCCCACACUCAACCCUGAUGCUUGGGAUCUAUGCUGGCAUCUUUCUCCUGUUGCUGAUCACCGUGCUGGUCUGUGCCGUGUACUCCUGUGGCUCUCUGUUCCCUAAGGCCCUGCAACGACUGUCUCGCAGCAUCGUCCGCUCUCGGGCUCACAGCACCGCGGUUGGCAUCUUUUCGGUCCUACUUGUCUUCACCUCUGCCAUCGCCAACAUGUUCACCUGUAACCACACCCCCAUACGGACCUGUGCAGCUCGGAUGCUGAAUUUAACACCUGCCGACAUCACUGCCUGCCACCUACUGCAGCUCAAUUACUCUCUCGGCCUGGAAGCUCCCCUGUGUGAGGGCACCGCACCCACCUGCAGCUUCCCCGAGUACUUCGUUGGGAACGUGCUGCUGAGUCUCUUGGCCAGCUCUGUCUUCCUGCACAUCAGCAGCAUUGGAAAGUUGGCCAUGAUCCUUGUCCUGGGGCUCAUCUACUUGGUGCUGCUUCUGCUGGGGCCCCCGGCCACCAUCUUUGACAACUAUGACUUACUGCUUGGCGUCCAUGGCCUGGCUUCUUCCAAUGAGACCUUUAAUGGGCCAGACUGCCCAGCUGCAGGCAGGGUGGCGCUCAAAUAUAUGACUCCGGUGAUUCUGCUGAUGUUUGCGCUGGCACUGUAUCUGCAUGCCCAGCAGGUGGAGUCAACUGCCCGCCUGGACUUCCUCUGGAAACUGCAGGCAACAGGGGAGAAGGAAGAGAUGGAAGAGCUCCAGGCAUACAACCGGCGGCUGCUGCACAACAUUCUGCCCAAAGACGUGGCUGCACACUUCCUGGCCCGGGAGCGCCGGAAUGAUGAACUCUACUAUCAGUCGUGUGAGUGUGUGGCUGUCAUGUUUGCCUCCAUUGCCAACUUCUCUGAGUUUUAUGUGGAGCUGGAGGCAAACAACGAGGGCGUCGAGUGCCUGCGGCUGCUCAACGAGAUCAUUGCUGACUUUGAUGAGAUCAUCAGCGAGGAGCGGUUCCGGCAGCUGGAGAAGAUCAAGACGAUUGGUAGCACCUACAUGGCCGCCUCCGGGCUGAACGCCAGCACCUAUGAUCAGGUGGGCCGCUCCCACCUCACUGCCCUUGCCGACUAUGCCAUGCGGCUCAUGGAGCAGAUGAAGCACAUCAAUGAGCACUCCUUCAACAAUUUCCAGAUGAAGAUUGGGCUGAACAUGGGCCCAGUCGUGGCAGGCGUCAUUGGGGCUCGGAAGCCGCAGUAUGACAUCUGGGGGAACACGGUGAAUGUCUCUAGUCGCAUGGACAGCACGGGGGUUCCCGACCGAAUCCAGGUCUGUGUGUGUCCUUGUGCUCCUGCUCCUCAGCUAUCCACCCCAGGUUGCCUCUGUCCCGUGGGCCUCUGUCUUCUUGGAAUAAGGCAGGGCUCCCUAUUUCAAUGGAUGGAGAAAGAUGCCCAGGUUGCACAGGAGCGGGAUGGGAUGUGUAGCAAGAGGAGAGUGGCCCUGGGGAGAGAAGUCCUUUUUGUGCCAAAUCCCUAAGUGCCGUUUGGGGACCACGUGUGCAGCAUGACUGUCUCCCUGCCUGGGGCAGGAACCCAAGCGCCUGCUUGGGCCCAGAGUUCCAUGUGCUUGAACUUGGGGGUUUGGUGGGCAGAGUCUUGGGAAUUUCCUGGGUCCCCCAGCUUGUGUUCUGGGACAUGGUGUGCUUUGGGACUGGGGUAGCAUGGGCUCCCUCUCAGGACCCAGAUAUUGGUACUAGGGGAUGGGGCAGGGAAACCUUAAACUUUACCUUCCCGAGCUAUCAGCCAUGUCCUUGGCUUCUCAGUCAAAGCCUGCAAGGGUUGGCAGAAGGGUUAGGAGGUUGGAUUCCAGAUUCCCUUCCUUCCUUUUGCCCCGUUCCCCACAACCUUCUCCUUGAUUCUGGCCUGAAUUAUUUGGUGCCUUGGUUUUUCAGUCUGUACUUAUUUAAGCCAGAGGCAUUAGCUUGAUUUUCCUUGGAGAUAGCUUUGUCUUGGAGGUGACUAGAGAAGUGGCAGAGAGAGGGUCCCCAGAGUUGCUGAUUUGGAGGAAUGGAAGGGGUAGGUAGCUCUCUUGCCUUUCCUCUUGUCCCUUUGACUCCAGCUCCCUGUGGAGGUCUGGUUUCUGACUCAUUGCUGCCUGCCUCGGGGAAUCUUCAUUAUCAACUAAAUGGGGCAUCAGGCACUUCAUUAGCCAGGGCAGAAGGAGGGGAAAAGACUAGUUGGUUCAGGCAGAAAAUUGUCUCCCUUUCCCCCAGUCAUAUCCCUGGAUAGGAAGGGACUGCUUAGUGCCAUGGUGGGGAGUAAGUAGGCCCAAGUGGGAAGACCUCAGCCUUGGUGACUGGUCUCUGCUUCUUGCCAGGUGGGAAGGGGCCUGUCCACACCCUGCUCCCUGAACCACAGUGCCAGCCAUGCCCCUCCCUUGGGCUACCACUGCCCCCUUCCUCACCAGUUGGUGGGGGAAUCAGGGGAUGGGAGGCCCAUGGGCUUUGGUUUUCUAAUGUAACCACUGUGGGAGGGUGGAGGGUGGUGUACCAUGUAUUUCAGUGAAAUAUUUAAUAUAUUUAAAUAUCAAUAAAAUCAAACUCUUUGUAAAAUU